AUGUCAUCUGCAGACCUGCCUAACACGCCUCCCGACGCCGUGAAACGUUCCCGUUAUACCCAUCGCCAGUUCCAGUUACUACGCCAGGGCUCUACCGCAACACCUCUACGCGCCAUUGCGCACAUCGAUCUCGAUGCAUUCUACGCUCAGUGCGAAAUGGUGCGACUGGGCACACCGCGCGAUACCCCACUUGCUGUCCGCCAAUGGGAUUCAUUGAUCGCCGUGAAUUACGCCGCACGCCCAUUCGGUAUCAAUCGCAUGGUUACCACCGCGGAAGCUCGAAAGUUAUGCCCAAAUAUCAUCCUACAACAUGUUGCGACCUUCCGAGAGGGAGAAGGGGGCCGUUGGGCUUAUCGCGAUGACUCGUUUCAGAAUAUCAAAACCGAUAAGGUGUCUUUGGAUCCUUAUCGAGCAGAGUCGCGAAAGAUUCUUCAAACAAUGAAAGACGAAUUGCAGCGUUGGUGUACGGAUGAUUUGGGAGACAGUGAAGUUCAAUCACUCACCCAAGGCCUCUCUGCGGGACUAGAAAAGGCCAGCAUUGAUGAAGUUUUCAUUGACUUGUCUCCCCUCAUAUAUUCUGUUUUGCUACGGAGAUAUCCUGAGCUCCGGGCGCUCUCGCAAGAGGAGAAGAAAGGUGCAGAGUUACCUUGCCCUCCUACCACAGCAUUGCAAUGGGGAGAGGAUUGCCUGUUUGAUCUAGACCUACAGGAAAGGGAGGAAGAUGAUCCUGAUUGGGAUGAUAUCGUUAUACUGGUGGCUGCGGAGAUCACACGUUCAGUCAGAAAAGCCGUGUGGGAGAAGCUACAAUACACCUGUUCUGCCGGAAUUGCACACAAUAAGAUGCUCGCAAAGCUAGGUAGUGCUUGCAACAAGCCCGACAAACAAACAGUGGUGCGGAAUCGUGCCGUUCAGAACUUUCUAAAUGGUUAUAAAUUUACGCAGAUUCGCAUGUUGGGAGGCAAGCUAGGAGAUCAGAUUACUUCAGUUUUUGGAACAGAGAAAGUGAGUGAUCUUCUCAAUGUAUCACUUGAUCAGCUGCGUGCCAAGCUCGAUGAUCAUACAGCGACUUGGCUAUAUGGUAUCAUCCGUGGAGAGGAUCGCAGCGAGGUCAACCCCCGAACGCAGAUCAAGUCCAUGUUAUCUGCAAAGUCGUUUCGCCCUAGUAUCAACUCAGUCGAACAAGCAGAUAAAUGGCUACAUAUUUUUGCGGCUGAUAUUUACGGCCGACUUGUGGAGGAUGGUGUGCUUGAGAAUAGACGCCGUCCCCGAGUUAUCACUCUACAUCACAGGGUUGUACAGACACGGUCUCGCCAAAUUCCGAUUCCCGGGUCUAAUGCUAUCGAUGAGAAUUUGCUAUACGAACUCGCUCAAACUCUACUGCGACAAGUCGUUGCUGAUGGACAGGCAUGGCCGUGUUCGAACUUAUCUCUCAGUGUGAGCAAUUUCGAGGAUGGCGUGGGCAAGAAUAAAGCCAUCGAAAGCUUCUUGGUCCGUGGUGAACAUGCCAAGUCUCUCAGUCAUGCGUCGUCCAGACCACGCGAUGCAGACACUAUUUUCGGUGAACAAUCCCCGGUCGGAAAAAAGAGGAAGACCGAUGAAAGCAACAUAAAAAGCUUUUUCAACCAGCCUCAGGCGACUGAUUCUAUCGCCCCCAACAAAGAAAGUCCCCAGCUCUCAUUAGAGGAACCACCAAUGUCCAACAGCCUGGUGAACGGCGAAGUACCACAAGACGAUUUCGAAAUGCCACAAUCCCUUUGUCCUCGAUGCUCCAAGCUUAUUCCCGAGUUUGACAAAGAAGAGCAUGAUGACUGGCAUUUUGCUAAAGACCUGGAAAUUCAGGAUCGAGUAGAAGCCCGAAGCCCUCACCAGCAAAGUGGGAACGCCAACUCUCGCACACCUACAAACAUAUCAACUAAUCGUGGGCGAGGAAGCCGUGGCCGUGGCAAAUCUGAAAAGGGGCAAAUGCGACUAGCCUUCCAAUAA